CAAAAACUUGAACGACAUCUCUUCCUGAAAGGAUUCUAAAACCGCAGUCUUUCCCUUCUAUUCUUCUUGCUGGGCCAUGCCAUUACGGAUCACAUCUGCUCCGGUAUCUGGUAUUCAAAAGAAAAAGAGACCCGCCGCGUUUAAACCUCGCGCCUCCCCUUUUGCCGGACAUGCUCGCCAGAAAGCCGCCGUUCAAUCCUCCCGUCCUUCCAAGCCCGAUCAGCUAGAUGAGCUGUACACGGGUGAUUUCGAUCAGGGCUCACUUCCUGACCUUGGGAGUUCUCAUUAUGUGUCACAGAUCGCCGCCGUCGAGGAUGUGAUUCAGGCCAUCCAAUACAUUCGCGACAAGAUGUUCGAGGAUAUCCCUGCUCGCGCUGGCAUGAAUAGUACUCGCAUUGCUGAAGUACUUAAUCUACGCCGGUCGCUACCCCCUCUAGCCUCAGUGGCUCAUGUUCACACUCUGAUGGAUGCGCCUACGAAAGUGGAGAAAGAGAUUGUGGAACUGGUCAAUGCCGGUCGUGUUCGUCGCUUGAUCGUCCCAGGAAGAGGGAAUGAUGCGGCGGGGCUUGGCGAUUGCCUAGUUCUAACAGAGGAUUGGGAAAGGCUGGUGCGGGAAAGCAGUGUCUUGGAGGCCUCAGUUAAGGAUAAAUUCCUUCAGGUUCUCGGCCAGAUCGGAAACACUUCGGCUAUACCUGCAUCGCUUCUUUCCCAAUCAGAGCGUAUGGAACUGCUUCGCGCCGGAUUUUUGGUGUCAUCGUCCUCUCUCGUCAAAGUUUCCACGGGUGUCGCAUCGCUUCCCGGUCUUCCAUCCUCUACUCCUGCUUCUGCUAGUCGGAGUGGUAGUGACGGUCAGUCCUGCGACACUCGGGAUAGCCAGCAUCAGUCACAAUUUGAGACAGCGGCCCUCUUUCUGUCACUUCCCAACACUGGGCCAUAUCUUCGACUUCUCGGAGCUGGUCGGAAACAUCUCCUUGCUCUUCUCAACAAAUCCAGUUCUGGCGAGGCCCCCGUCUAUCUUCUGCGCGAUCGCUGGGAUGGCGCGGUUGAAACGGAUAAGAGCUUCAGCGUUGCGAAGCGCGUGCGAGGUGAAUUCGCUGGCAUACUUCCAGGAAAGACGAGAAAGUGGAAAGAGCUCUAUGGCAUGAAGUUUCGCUGGGCUCUGGAGGAAACUCUGGGGGCCGGGUUAAUUGAGAUCUUCGAUACUGGAAGUGUUGGGCCUGCAGUACGCGCUCUAUGAAUUUCCUUUGUAGAGAAAGUCGUGCAAUGUGGAUGAAACUGGGUGCGAUGGUGAAAUUCCACCCGCUUUCACCUCAUUGAAGCACACAUAUAUACACGUCGUCCAAUAUCGACACCACUACGGAAGACGAACCAUAGCGCGAUUGCGCAGUUCGAGGCCCGGGAGGUUCGAUCCGACGAAGAAUAUUUCGCUGACGGACGCCGUGCCGUGCUGGAUGAUUUGGGCGAACGUAUCGAUACCCUGGCCGUUCUUCUGACAUGGUGAAGACGUAUCAAAGCUCAUAAAGAGCCGUAGGUACGGUCUUUGGAGUGCUUCAUGUUCUGUCGAGGCUCGAGUACUGAAAAGCGUCUCGAGCCCCUUCAUAUACCCCUAGUUAGGUUUGAGAUAGAAGUCACUAUAGAAUACAAGACAUGUUUGCUCACGCC